AAGUGUUUUCCAGCACUCCCUGUGGGCCAGCCCCUGCCACAGCACUGCCUGCCUACAGAUUGAGUCCGGCCUGGGAGAGUGGGUGAUGAAGCCCGUUCUUCAAAUCUGAACUUUGGUCUUGGAUGAAAACUCUGGCUCAUGGACUCACUCUGGACAAAUGGCCCCAAACAUCACCUCCCUGGGACAAAUCCUCCCUCCCUGAUGGGCCAGGCGUUUCUGGGUGCAUGCACCCCGCUGCUGUUGCCAGCUGGAGGGGCACGUGGUUGGUGGCUUCACUCCCAUCUCUGCACAAGCGGCCUGGAUGAUGAGACCCAGACUCAGGAACCUUGACAUCUCCAUGGGAAAGGGUGACGGUCCAGACCCAACACAGCCAGCCCUGGGCUCCCCGAACCUACUUUCUGCAGCCUGUCAUUGUCUUGUCAGCAACUCUGGCAAAACCUACCUGAAGCCCCUCCUCCAGCCCAGGCCUCCAUUGUCACUUACCUGGGCUUGCGUGGUGGCUCCCAAGGCCUCCCUGUGACACCCCCUGCUCCCCAGCCCAGUCUCCAUGCAGUGGCCAUGACUCAGAGCCUGGUCCUCCCCCGUACAUCUCGUGACACGUGCUCCUCCCUCCCUCAGCUCCAGACACCCUGGCCUCCUUUCUGUUUCAGAGACAGAGCUUGGCCCCACCUCAGAGCCUUGGCACUGGCUGUUCUGUCCACCUUGGACACUGUUCCCUACAUUUUCUUACUGCUGGUUCCUUCUUGUAAUUCAGGUCUCAGCUUCCAUGUCACUUCUUCAGAGAGGCCUUUCUGGACCACCCCACCUGUCCCGUGUUGACAAUCUCCCUGCUCCCACCCAACCAGACAUUCUCCAUCUGUCACCUGAUGUCCAUUUUUCACAGCACUUACUGCUCCAUUAAACUACCUUGCUUAUUCGUUUCUUCCCUUGUUUAUAGUCUGUCUCUGCCUACUAGAAUGUGAGCCUCUUGUUCCCUGCUGUGUCGUGCGGUGCCUGGCACACAGUAGGUGCUCAGUAAACAACUGUCAAGCAGCAACUGCAUCGGGCUGGGAUGGUAAAGUGGGGCAGCAGCCUGAGUGGAGGGCACCAUGGGGGCAAAGGCUCAGGGGCAGGCCAAGUUCUGCCUUGGAUACUCCACCAGGGAGGAGUUGGCCUCUCUCCCUUGUGAGAAUUCCCAGGUCUCAGAGGGUCUGGGGCUUUCGAACAAUAUUCACAAUAAGAAAUCAGUUAACGUGAGGUCAAGAGAUCGAGACCAGCCUGGCCAACAUGGUGAAACCCCAUCUCUACUAAAAAUACAAAAACGAGCUGGGCGUGGUGGCACACACCUGUAGUCCCAGCUACUUGGGAGGCUGAGGCAGGAGAAUCGCUUGAACCUGGGAGGCAGAGGUUGCAGUGAGCUGAGAUUGCACCACUGCACUCCAGCCUGGUGACAGAGUGAGACUCCAUCUCAAAGAAAAAAGAAAAAGAAAUCAGCUAACGUAACCAAUGGGAUAUUCCUGGGUCCUCUGAGUGCAGAUGACAAGGAGACAAAACAAAGCAGAUCCUGAACAUGGAGGAUGACCAGAACUGGUACAAGGCCGAGCUCCGGGGUGUCGAGGGGUUUAUUCCCAAGAACUACAUCCGCGUCAAGCCCCAUCCGUGGUACUCAGGCAGGAUUUCCCGGCAGCUGGCUGAAGAGAUUCUGAUGAAGCGGAACCAUCUGGGAGCCUUCCUGAUCCGGGAGAGCGAGAGCUCCCCAGGGGAGUUCUCUGUCUCUGUGAACUAUGGAGACCAGGUGCAGCACUUCAAGGUGCUGCGCGAGGCCUCGGGGAAGUACUUCCUGUGGGAGGAGAAGUUCAACUCCCUCAACGAGCUGGUCGACUUCUACCGCACCACCACCAUCGCCAAGAAGCGGCAGAUCUUCCUGUGCGACGAGGAGCCCUUGCUCAAGUCACCUGGGGCCUGCUUUGCCCAGGCCCAGUUUGACUUCUCAGCCCAGGACCCCUCGCAGCUCAGCUUCCGCCGUGGCGACAUCAUUGAGGUCCUGGAGCGCCCAGACCCCCACUGGUGGCAGGGCCGGUCCUGCGGGCGGGUUGGCUUCUUCCCACGGAGUUACGUGCAGCCCGUGCACCUGUGAGCAGCCCGGCGGCCCAUCUGGCCAAUGGGCCUUUUUACAGGAACUGAGGUCCAGAGAGGACAUGGACACCCCCAGCCCGGUCAGAGUCACACAGUACUCAGUGGACGGCCUUGGACUGAACGUGGGCUCCUAACUGCCUCCGGCCACUUUGCACAAACUGGGAUGGCCCAGGUCCCUCAGCAAGGAUACCCAGCAAGGGUGGCUCCGGGGCUUCCUGGCUGGUUGCUUUCCGUUGGCUGCCAGCUGUGUGACACCACAGGGCGGAGUCUGUGGAGGCCCCACCUACCUCCUCUUGUCAAUGGCCCCAUCUGCCAGGAAGGUUGAGGACUCCCAGGUUUCACCCACUGGAGGCUCAACCUGAGGAACUCUGGCCAUGGUGUGUGGGUUCACCUUGGGCUGACCACCAACUGGGCCUGCCUGCUCCUCCCUCAAAAGGCCCCUGGAGUUGUUCGGGCUGUUGGGAGGUGGCUCAGCCUCAAAGGACAGACUGCACACCUGUUGACCUAAACUCAGUGGACAGACUCCAGGUGGACACCAACUCCUCAACAGCCCCAUGACUUCAGCUCCACCUGGGGCACCCAGCACCCCCACCCCAUCACAGGGCUACAGGCCCUGAGACCCUGAAAAAGGGGCAGUAGGGAAGGUGGAGGCACACUCCUCUUCUGUUGGACAGGUGAGCUCUGAGGGCGAGCCCUGGGCACAGCCACGCAGAGACCAUGGCUGCCCUGGCUCUUGUUUGUUUAGGCCCAGGUUCUGCCCAGACCAGGGCCCAGGAGAGCUCUCAGGAGGCUGAGAAACCUCCAGGGCAGUCAGAAAGUUGGAGCCAGAGCUGGGUUUUAGAGAUCCUACAGGAUCCCACAUGGGACAGCUACCUAGGUGGGGCACGGCCCCUACCUGAGAACAGGAGGGUCCUCCAGAGAAUGUGCCACCAUCAGGGAUAUGAGCAGGGCCUGCCCAGAGCCUGGGCACCUUUGGGAGUGGGAAAAGUGAGGUGGGACUUGGAAAGGCUUUGAACGCUAGGCUGAUGGUUGAGGGAUGGUGGGCAGUGGGCAGGGAGGGAGGGCAAAGAGGCUCCCUCUGGCAUUUGGGAGCCGGUGGGUGGAGGGAGGAGCCCCUGGAGGUGGCUGCAGUCCCUUAAUGGGGGGCCUUGCUCUGGGCAUGUGGGGCUCUCCCUCCAUCCAGAGCUGGCCCAAGACCCUUAGAGCCCUGAGUGAUGGCAAAUCUAACUGCUCCUGACCCAGCCUGUGUGUUCAAAAUGAAAACAGUAAAACCAACAUCAGGAUGUCCAUCAGAAAUCUAAUUUUCCUUCCAAUGCUGA